GAAGGAAUAAGGAAGUGCUCAGUCAGUCGGUUCACAGAGCAGAAAGAAGAAAACAGAAGUGAUGUGGAGGAAGAGGAGGACAUCUGCAGUCUGUCUAUGAAGAGCUCCAAAGAUCCUCGUCCACACUUCAGUCAUGAACCUUCAGACACACAAUGAGUCAUGUGAAGGAAGAGGAGACCAGAGCAGAGUCUGGAGUAUUCAGCUCUGCGUCUAUGAAGAGUGACCGGUCCAAAGAUCGUCCUCCAGUCUUCAGUAAUAAACGUGGACCCACAGACACAAAGAAGAGGAAGAAGAGUGAUGUUUGUGUGGAGGAGCAGCUGUCCUGCUGUGCUUUGAGUCAGGACGUCCUGAAGGAUCCAGUCUCUACCAGCUGUGGACACUGGUUCUGCAGACAGUGCAUCACCUCAUACUGGGACCAGUCUGCUUCAUCAGGAGACUCCUCCUGUCCCCAGUGUGGACAAAGAUCCAGAACAAGAGCUGGACUGCAGACAGCCAGUCAGACCAGCACUGUACAAAUGGACGCUGGUCUGCAGGAGGUUUUAGAUGAACAUAAGAUCAGUCUGAAGAGGAGAUGUGAACGUGUGACUGAAGGAAGUGAUGAAACAGGAAGUGGAACCCUCCUCAACAGGAUCUACACUGAGCUCUACAUCACAGAGGGACAGAGUGAAGAGGUUAAUACCCAACAUGAGGUGAGGCAGCUGGAGACAGCUUCCAAGAAGAAGACCCUCCAUGACACUCCAAUCAAGUGUCAGCACAUCUUUAAAGCCUUACCUGACCAACAGGGACACAUCAGAGUGGUUCUGACCAACGGCGUCGCUGGCGUUGGAAAAACCUUCUCAGUGCUGAAGUUCACUCUGGACUGGGCCGAGGGUUUGGAAAACCAAGAUGUCAGUCUGGUGAUUCUGCUUUCGUUCAGGGAGCUGAACUUGAUCAGAGAUGAGCAGUACAGUCUUCUCAAGCUGCUCCAUGUUUUCCAUCCAACAUUACAGAAGGUCACAGCAGAGGAGCUCGCUGUCUGGAAAGUUCUGUUCAUCUUUGACGGCCUGGAUGAAAGCAGACUGUCAUUGGAUUUCCACAACAAUGAGGUCGUGUCUGAUGUCACACAGAAGUCAUCAGUCAACGUGCUGUUGACAAACCUCAUCCAGGGGAAUCUGCUUCCCUCGGCUCUGGUCUGGAUAACUUCCCGACCUGCAGCAGCCAAUCAGAUCCCUCCUGCACGUGUUGACAGGGUAACAGAAGUACGAGGCUUCACUGACGCCCAGAAGGACGAGUACUUCAGGAGGAGAGUCAGUGAUGAAGAGCGGUCCAGCAGAAUCAUCUCACACAUCAAGACAUCCAGGAGUCUCCACAUCAUGUGUCUAAUCCCAGUCUUCUGCUGGAUCACUGCUACAGUUCUGGAUCACAUGUUGACUACAGAGCAGAGAGGAGAGCUGCCCAAGACCCUGACUGACCUGUACUCACACUUCCUGCUGGUUCAGACAAAGAGGAAGAAGCACAAGUAUGUUGAAGAACAUGAGACGAGUCCACAGGAGCUGACGGAGGCUGACAGGGACGUUCUUCUGAAGCUGGGGAGGCUGGCGUUUGAACAGCUGGAGAAAGGAAACAUCAUGUUCUACCAAGAGGACCUGGAGCGCUGUGGUCUUGAUGUCACAGAGGCCUCGGUGUACUCAGGAGUUUGUACAGAGAUCUUCAGAAGAGAGUGUGUGAUCUUCCAGAAAACAGUCUACUGCUUUGUUCAUCUGAGCGUUCAGGAGUUUCUGGCUGCAGUCUACAUGUUCCACUGUUACACCAACAGGAAGACAGAGGUACUGGAUGACUUCCUGGGUACAGACUUCAGUCAAAGGGACUCAAAGCCAAAGUCUUUCCUCAAGAAGAUUUCUAAGUUUUUUGGAAAGAGUGAAGACCAUUACCCAUCUCUGGAUGAGUUCCUGAGCAGAGCCAUGGAGAAAUCCCUGGAGAGUGAAAAUGGUCACCUGGACCUGUUUGUUCGCUUCCUUCAUGGCCUCUCUCUGGAGUCCAACCGCAGACUGUUAGGAGGUCUGCUGGGUCGGACAGACAACAGUCCAGAAAUCAUCCAGAGAUCCAUCAACAACCUGAAGAAGAUGAACAAUGAUGAGAUCUCUCCUGACAGAAGCAUCAACAUCUUCCACUGUCUGACGGAGAUGAACGACCUCUCAGUUCAUCAGGAGAUCCAAGAGUUCCUGAAGUCAGAGAACAGAUCAGCGAAGGAACUCUCUGAGAUCCACUGCUCAGCUCUGGCCUACAUGCUGCAGAUGUCAGAGGAGGUUCUGGAUGAGUUGGACCUGAUGAAGUACAACACAUCAUGGGAGGGACGACGCAGACUGAUUCCAGCUGUGAGGAACUGCAGAAAGGCUCAACUUUCUGGCUGUGGACUCUCAGAGACUCACUGUGAAGUCGUGGCCUCAGCUCUGAAGUCCAACCCCUCCCAUCUGACAGAGCUGGACCUGAGUGACAACAGGGAGCUGAGGGAUUCAGGAGUGAAGCUGCUGUCUGCUGGACUGGAGAGUCCACACUGUAGACUGGAGGCUCUGAGAUUGUGGGGCUGCAGUUUGUCAGAGAUCAGCUGUGUUUCUCUGGCCUCAGCUCUGAAGUCCAACCCCUCCCAUCUGACAGAGCUGGACCUGAGCUUCAACAGGAACCUGCAGGAUUCAGGAGUGAAGCUGCUGUGUGAUUUUCUGGAGAGUCCACACUGUAGACUGAAGACUCUGAGAUUGAGUGGUUGCAGUUUGACAGAAAUCAGCUGUGUUUCUUUGGCCUCAGCUCUGAAGUCCAACCCCUCCCAUCUGACAGAGCUGGACCUGGGUAGAAACAAGCUGCAGGAUUCAGGAGUGAAGCUGCUGUGUGAUUUUCUGGAGAGUCCACACUGUAGACUGAAGACUCUGAGCUUGUGGGACUGCAGUUUGUCAGAGAUCAGCUGUGUUUCUCUGGCCUCAGCUCUGAAGUCCAACCCCUCCCAUCUGACAGAGCUGGACCUGAGUGACAACAAGCUGCAGGAUUCAGGAGUGAAGCUGCUGUCUGAUCUUGUGGAGAGUCCACACUGUAGACUGGAGACUCUGAGGGCGAAUGGCAGGAUAUACAAUGCUAAACCUGUCAGACAUGAAGGAGCUAUUGUCUCUAAUCACCCAGCUGAUGCGUCCACGUCAAAGACAAACCUGGAUGUGUCUGAGGACAGAAGAGAGGACAGUGUGGAUGAAGAGGAUCAGCUGUGUCCUGAUGAUCCAGAGAGAUUGAAGCAGCAGCAGCAGCAGCAGCAGCUGGACACGUUAAGUUUCACACCUGAACUGUUGACAGAGUCUGGAAAGACUUCAUACAGGUUCAGGUGUCCUGGUCCAGGUGUGUUCCACUGUGCUUUGACUGGACUGGUGUUUGUUAUGGCUCAGGAGGCGGAGCUGCUGUACAACACUGUCCAAUGGGAUGAGAUCGUCCUCCAGUCAGCUGGCAAGAUGGCUGCAGGGCCGCUGUUUGAAAUCAAGUGUUCAGAGGAAGCUGCUGUCUGUCAGCUCCACCUCCCACACUGUGAAAUUAUGGAUGCUCCGCUCCCUGAUGGCCUGUUGUCUGUUGUCCACAUCACUGACGAUGGAAUGAGCGUCCUCAAGUCGCAGGAGAUUACAGACACUCAUGUGGUUGUCACUGUUCCUCACCUCUCUGCCUUUGGCCUGGUCUGGGAUAUCGUCACGAGGGUUUUGAGCAACCUAAAACUAGUCAGCGGCCAAGUUCUGCUGUUCCUCGGACCACCAAUCCCAGAAACACAGAGGCAAAAACUCAAUGUGCUUCUCCUGCCAAGAAACAUCCCUCUGACGGAGGUGAGCCCACAACAGCAACUUUGCAAGAACAUCCAGGCUCCUUCCACAUGUAAACUCAUCAAAGAUCAAAGUUACACUGCUCACUGUCCUCAGGCCAUUAAAGUACAGCCUAAGAAAGCAGAGUUCGACCUGGAGUUUGGACCAAAUUAUCACCCAACGUUUGAGAUCCGCCUGCCUACAAACACACCAGAAGUGACUGUAACAGUCCAAGACGGAAGACAGACAAGAGUCUGGGAGCAUGACGUUGAUCUGAUGGGUUCAAGAGGGCAAAUUCCACAGAGGAGCGUCCCAGCAGAGGACAGUGUCCCAGCAGAGGACAGCGUCCCAGCAGAGGACAGUGUCCCAGCAGAGCAGAGGCUGUUCUCAGUUCGGACACAGUUUGUAAACAGAGUGUCUGAUCCUAAUCUGAACCAGCUUCUGGAUAAACUCCUGGAGCGUCAGGUUAUAAAUGAUGAUGAAAUGCAGUCGGCCAGAGCAAAACUCAGAGCAGACAAAGCACGACAUGUGAUCGACACGGUGCGGAACAAGGGAACUGAAGCCUGUUCAGUUCUGAUCGCUGCUCUCUGUGAGGUGGAUCCACAUCUUUCCAGAGUGCUGAAAUUAAGCUGAAGCAAAAACAAGAAACUGAGGAGUGUGAUGAUGAAUCUCUGUCUCUCCUGAUCCCAACGAGAUUAACUGUUUAAAACAGAGUGGAUGUCAAAAAGUUAAAGGUACAGAACAAUCAAGAAUCAAUCAAGGACACAUUUUUAAAACAGUGCUUCCCAAACUUUUCUGUCCUCUGUGUCCUCUGUGUCCCCCGUCCCCGUCCCCGUCCUCAUCCUCCAGGUGGCCCCAUCCCCAGUCUGGAAACUGCCACAUUAAUACAUUACACAAAACUUGAAGGACACAUCAGCGCAUGAAGAUUCAGUAUAAAAACAUUUGAUAAGCAGGCAGUCAGUUAACGAGCUGAUGAAUAAUGUUGUGCUGUCAUUCAUUCAUUCGUUCAUCUGGAAGACUCCUUAUUGCUACGACAUGAACGCUGUCAUCAGUUUCAGAACCAACAUGAAUGCUUCUUGAUGUGAUGUUGCUGUCAUUAAAAAGUCACAUGACUUGUGCUGUCAAUCACGGCGUCACCU